AUGGAGGUGGCGAACCUGCAGAGACCAUUUGGCCUCGAAUGGCGCAGCAAUACAACAUUCAUUGUGUCAACAGUAGCUGUAGGUUUGUUUACAGACCUUUUCCUAUACGGCCUAGUCGUGCCUGCUCUGCCGUUUAUGCUUUCGGACCGCUUCAAUCUGCCUGCCGAUGAGGUCCAAAGUCAAGUUUCUACUCUCUUGGCAGUCUACGCCGGGGCAUCGGUGAUCAUAUCUCCUGUCGUGGGUAUCAUCACAGACCGGCUCAGCUCGCGAAAAUCCCCCUUCCUUGUGGGUGUUGCCUCGCUGUUCGGGGCCACGGCCCUGUUGAUGCUGGGACGCACCAUGCCUCUGCUCCUUGCUGCUAGGGUUUUGCAGGGCACCAGUGCCGCCCUCGUCUGGACCACAGGCAUGGCUCUUUGCGUGGAGACGGUUGGAGCGAAUAAUUUGGGAAAGACCCUAGGAAGUAUCUUUGGAUGCAUCACGUUUGGUACUCUGGUGGCACCAAUGCUCGGCGGCGUCCUUUAUGAUAAAGGCGGGAACGCUGCACUGUUUGGCCUCGCAUUUGCCCUGCUCGCCGUUGACUUCAGCAUGCGUGUCCUCGUCAUCGAGCGCAAGACCGCCAUGCAGUACGACGCAGUUGGUGCAGAGAACGACACGAAUGACGCGUCUGGUCCCGGCGCGCACGACAGCGGCGGUGCAGAUGGACAAGAAGGGGCACAGCGCACCGAAGAACAACCGUUGCUACUCCGGACCCAGGACAAGCAAUACAAGGAAGAGUACAAGCUGGCACCUGAAUUGCCCAGGAUCGUGCGCGCAAUCCCCAUCCUCUCCUGUCUGGGGAGCACUCGCCUCCUCGCUUCUCUCCUGAUUGGCUUCUUUCAGGCCCUUGUCGUUGGUAGCAUUGACGCAACGGUACCGCUAGUGUCUCGAGACUAUUACGACUUCACUUCACUGAAUGCCGGUCUCAUGUUCCUCCCAAUCGGCAUCACAAAUCUGAUAUUUGGACCCAUCCUUGGCUGGUGUGUCGAUCGCUUGGGAACCAAGAUGAUGGCCACCCUACUAUACACAUAUCUGGUGCCGGUGAUGGCCGCCUUGCGACUGGCGGCCCCCGGGGGACCAUCAGAGGUUGCCGUGUUUGCGGUGCUGCUUGGUCUAGCCGGCAUUGGACUUGCUGGCAUGGCUGCACCGGCUCUUGUCGAAGGUGGAAAGGUGGUACAUCUAUAUCACCAGGCAAACCCGAAAUUCUACGGAGACUAUGGCCCGUAUGCCCAGCUCUACUCUCUGUUCAACACUGCAUAUUCCCUCGGCCUUGCUGUUGGACCUCUGCUGGGCGGGAGCUUGAAGCAAGCAAUCGGGUACGGCAACAUGAAUUCAGUAUUGGCGGGUCUUUGUGGCAUGACGGCCCUGGUGUGCUACAUGUUUCUUGGUGAAAGGUCCAGCAGAAGGCAUUGA